GAGAGAAAAUAAAAUAAAAAAAAGUCAAAGAAAGAGAAGGAGAGUGGCGAUUAAAGUGAUGAGAUUUUGCCCUAACUACACUCUCCAAAAUCUCAUUUCUAAGGUCCGCAAUCACGUCGCCGCUCUUCGCCGGGCCUCCACCACCACUGCCAACGCCGCAGCAUACUCUGCCUCCACCAUGAGCACCCUCAAAACCAAGCUCUGCAUCAUAGGAAGCGGUCCUGCCGCCCACACUGCCGCCGUCUACGCUGCCCGCGCCGAGCUCAAGCCAAUCCUCUUCGAAGGAUGGAUGGCCAACGACAUCGCCCCCGGAGGCCAGCUAACCACGACAACCGAUGUCGAGAACUUCCCCGGCUUCCCCGACGGCAUCCUCGGCGGUGAGCUCAUGGAACGCUGCCGCAAGCAGUCGGAGCGAUUCGGCACCGAGAUCUUCACGGAGACCGUCACGAAGGUAGAUUUCUCGAAGCGUCCUUUUAGCGUUUUCACUGAUUCCAAAACCGUCGUGGCCGAUUCCGUCAUCGUGGCCACCGGCGCCGUCGCCAAGCGCCUCCCCUUCGAGGGCUCCGGUGAAGGCCCCAACGGUUUCUGGAACCGCGGGAUCUCCGCGUGCGCUGUGUGCGAUGGCGCCGCCCCGAUCUUCCGUAACAAGCCGCUCGCCGUUAUCGGAGGCGGCGAUUCCGCCAUGGAGGAAGCGACAUUCCUCACGAAGUACGGUUCCGAGGUUUACAUCAUCCACCGUAGGGAUACGUUUAGGGCUUCGAAGAUUAUGCAGAGCAAGGCCUUGAACAACAAGAAGAUCAAGGUGCUUUGGAACUCGGUGGUGGAGAAGGCUUACGGUGACGAAGGGAACAAGAAGCUUGGGGGUUUGAAGGUGAAGAACGUGGUGACUGGGGAGGUUUCUGAUUUGAGCGUGAAUGGGUUGUUUUUUGCGAUUGGGCACGAGCCUGCGACUAAGUUUCUUGGUGGACAGCUUGACCUUGAUGCUGAUGGCUACAUUGUGACGAAGCCCGGGACGACGAAAACCAGUGUUGAGGGUGUUUUUGCUGCCGGCGAUGUUCAGGACAAGAAGUAUAGGCAAGCUAUUACUGCUGCUGGCUCUGGGUGUAUGGCAGCCUUGGAUGCAGAACACUAUCUGCAAGAGAUUGGUUCACAACAGGAUAAGAGCGAUUGACUAGCUAAAGCAAGAGGCUUAAUUAGAAGCAAGGUUUAAUUUGUGGGUGAAAAUGAGGAAAGCUCAUAAUAUAUGCUGCUAUGAUUCUUAUAUUUAAGUUGGUAUUCAAUUAUACACAAUUUGAUUAGAGAUAGAUUUGCAUUGUUUUCGAAAAAGCAAUGAAGGUCAUUCACAUACAGGGUUAUUUAUGGGUGGUAUUCUAUCUGUUUAGUUAUUGUGAUAAUGCAGAGAUAUUAGGUUGCACCUUGUAUUGAAGUAUUUAACCCAGUAACAUGCCAGAAACGAUCAGGUCAAAUUUGAGUAAAUUAUUGUGGGCUACACUUGCUA